AUGGCCUCCAGAGACCUGCAAAAUCUGCAGAUUGAACAGGCAGGCGGUAAGGUGGCCCAACACGCCAAACGCACCCUCACCCUCCCCACGCUCCCACCCUACCAGACCGAACUCGUGCGAGGCUGCGUGCGCGAGACGCGCGACCUCGACCGAGACGUCACCCGCCUCCUCGAACCUUACACCACCACCGUCUCGACGGUCGACGAGGACGGCAACCCGACGUCGACUCAGCAAUCGACCUUCAACCCUGUGGACCACCCGGAGACCGCUUGCGCUCUAUUGGUCGACCACCUCUCGAUGCGGCGCAACAAGAGGUGUCUCCUCGCCUACCACCGCGUGCGGGCCGAGAAGCUGGAGUCCCUCGCUUGGGAGGGACGAGACAUUGACGAGCAUCAGCAACAGCAGGACCCGAUGAGGGCUGGUGGUGCGGGAGACCAAGGCGGAGGAGGAGGAGGAAGCUCGUCGCAACAAAAUGCACUGAGUCCGGAAGAAGAAUCUUACUUUCGAAAAUACACCGACUUGUUGGCCCAGUACAAGGGUCAAUGGACGGAUGUCGACCUGACGGGGACUCUGGACCCGCCGAGGGAUCUGUUCAUCGACGUGCGGGUGCUCAAGGACGCCGGGGAGAUCCAGACCGAGUACGGAGCGAUCAAUCUGACCAAGAACAGUCAGUUCUAUGUCCGGCAGGCGGACGUGGAGAGGCUGAUCGCCAUGGGUUUCUUGCAGAGGCUGAGUUGA